AUGGGCUCGAGAAGAGCUUCGAGGCUGGGGGAGGGUACUGCGGAGGCGCGAGUGCUCAUUGCUCUGCGGGAUUCUCUGGAGAUGGUCGAGAGCGGUUUGGAGCGGUUGAUGGAUGAGGAGCAGGUUCUGCAGCAUCAGCUGCAGCUGGAGCAAGCUCAGCAGCAGCGGGAGAUGCAAGAGUGGGGGCCGGGAGAGCGGGUGAAGCACCCAAAGAGCCAUUAUGGCAGGGAAUCACGUGGAGGGGAACGCGGAAGAGCAGCGGCGGACGCGCGCGGAAGAGCAGUGACGGAGCUGCAGAUGGCGCUGCGCGUGGUGUGGUCGCAAGGGGAGAGCCACCACGGCCGGGAGGAAGCGGUGGUGAGGGAGUUGCUUCACUUCAUCGCCAGUCUCGCCCAGAUCCUGCCAGGAGCAGACAUCCCUGUAGCAGAAGAAAGCCCCGCACGACACAAUGCCAAGCAGUCCUCUGGACAGCCUCCCUCCGUUUCUUCUGCCUCGCGCCUGGUCCCCCUGCCUCUGCUGCCACUGCAGCGCCUAGCCCAUCCUUUCCUGAACAAUAGCUUCCGUCUUGUUGACGCUCUUACGGGCGGCAUGGCUCGGCAGGUUUCGUCUGGGUUCUCAGGCUUGCUCCGGAACGUGUGCAGCAAGCCGAACCUGUUUUCCAAGCCUCUCGGUCAGCUUGGGUCGUUGGGUGGCACGGUGCUCGGAUUGGGCGGCGCAGUGGGGGUUACUGUAGGUUUGGCACUCAUGGCUGCUAAUGCUGCAAACGGAGGGGUUACUAACGGGGUGUAUCAACGAGUAGGGGUGCCUCUGAGGGUGGAAGGAGGGAAGAGAGAGUGGGGACGGCAGGUUGAUGCCGAGGAGCAUAAGUACUGGGCUGAUGAGUACAGUGCGAGAGCGUAUGCUGGUACUGGACAUGACAGUAACGAGUAUAGUCCUGGCGUGGAGGGGCAUAGAGAGUUGGGCGGAGGGGAGGCUGAGCGAAAGGUGAAUAUUCCUAUGGAGAGGGAAGUUGAGCGGGGAGGGGAGGAAGUGGUGGGAUAUGCGGAGAUAGUGGGAGGGCUGGUAGCGCCUGUGGUGCGCGAGGAAGGUUAUGGAAAAGGACAUGGGGGGGAAGGGUAUGGGGAGAGGUAUGGGGAAGGUGACUCCUCUCCCAUCAUUUCUUCCUCUGGAAAUUCUUAUGGAAGUUCUUCUCUUUCCAGAGCUGCUUCUUCUAGAAAUGACGCCCCUGUUCGUGUGCAUGAGAUGGUGGGAGACUCUCCUUUGCAUGUGGUGGGCGAGUGGGAGGGGAUGGGCGGACGAGGGGAGGAGGGAGCACUGCAUGUGCUGCGGCAGUGGGAAGGCGGGCAGGAGGACGACUGGGGUGGUGCUCAGUGGGACUGGCUUGCAGAGGAGGAUGAUGAGGAGGGGUUUGUGAGAGAAGAGGUGGAGGAGUGGGAAGGGAGGAGCGAAGGGGUGAGUGAGGGCGGGGUGAUGGCAGGGGGGUGGGAGGAAGAGGAAGAGGGUGUAAGGGGUGGGGUGGUGUAUGGUGAUGAGGAUGGUUCUGCACUGUGGCAGUGGGGGCCUAUCCCGGGGCCUAUCCCGGGGUCUAUGGGAGGUUCUAUUCAAGAGUCUGUGUCUAUGUUAGGGGUGCGGCAAAAGGAGGCAGUUCAUGGUGGUGGUGGUGAUUCUCUGGGGCAGCAGCAGGAGUGGUCCCAUGACCACCGGGCGUCAGUGGGGGAAGAGGAAUUGCUGGAGAGGGGGGAGGAGGGGAGACGGAGCGAAAUGGCAGGUUUGGGAGCUGAAGAAGUGAACUGGCAUGUGGAAGGAAGAAGCGUAGCUGGUGGUGUAGACGUUAGAGGUGAGGAGGAGGAGGACGGCGCGGAUGUUGACGAGUUGAUCUCUUGGUUCACGAGAACCACCGUGGAAAGGGCGGUGUCGUUCAUCAGCUCCCCAGGGCUCAUCGAGCACGCCGUGGCGAUCGAGAGGGAGCUGCUGCACCUCGAGGAAUCGCUCACCGCCGAUCCCUCUGCCUCUCCCCCCGCCGACUACGGCCAGAACGACACCAAGUCCGAUGCAGAUUUCGACGGCGACGAUCGCUGCAUGUCGCUCACUCGCGACAGCUCGCUGCGUGCGCGACGCUCCAGCUCUCGCUCGCCGUCGCCCAUCCGGCGACUCAUUCAGAACGGGUUGCGAACGGUGGCGGAGAGCAACGGCAACGAGGAAGGAGGCGAGCUCAUCAUGCGCAUCCGCAAGGCGAUGCACAUGCGGCUGGGCAUGCUGAGGCGCGAGCAGAACGUGGCGGUGGCGCGCGCAGCAGCAGGCGGCUUCACGCGCGACGUCCUCUCGUCGCUGCUGCUCUUCGCCGACUGCUUCGACGCCCCGCGUCUCAAUUCCCCCUUACUACCUCUUCCCCUCACUUCCAGAGUCCGCACCUCCAUUCCUUGUCAAUGCCCGCACUCUGAUCAACCCCACGUACCCCACGUGUCACGCACGUCCCCCCCAUGUGUGCCUCCCACGUGUCCACACGUGCCCCUCCCUUUCCCCAGGCAAGCGUGCGUCCAAUUCUCCACGCUCCUCCUCCGCCGGGAGCUCCAAGCCAACCCGCCGCCCGCCACCCCUCCCGCCGUGUCCGCAGUCUGGCUCCCCCUCGCCCCGGACGCCGCCACCAUCGCCGACCCUGCGGAGGCCGCCGAAGCCGGCGGAGACUCUCAAGCUGCGGCUGCUGGACCCUUCGCUAUAGGCACACCCGUUGGUGGUGCCGCCCAUACCGGCCCGUACUCCUUCGUACCGAUGUAUACUCCCGGUUCGCCUGGCUACACCCCCGGCUCUCCCUUCCCUUAUGGCCUCGUGGCUGUAGCCCCCGGCGCUACAGCCGCCGCCGGCCAGUUCCCCGGCGCUACAGACAUGGCGGGGUUCGGGCGCGGAGGGGGGAACGGCGGAGGAAUGGGGGGAGGGCCGCCGGGGGCGGUUAGGAUCGGGGGAAAGCCGGUGUUCGGCGUGCAUCACCACCACUACCACCGCAUGGGGGGUGGCGGGCGGAAGAACCGAGCGGCUGCGCGCAUCUCCCCCAAGCUCCGCUCGUGGGGGAACAGCGGUGGCGCGGAUGGCGCCGGUGCUGGGAACGGUGAGCGCAAUGGGGAGCUUGCUGACGUCAGCAGCGCGCGGUACUAUGACUCGGAUUCCGGUCUCCCUGGCGGAAGGGCGCGCGGCGGAGGCGCAAGGGGAGCGGCGGGCGGAGGAGGCGGAGCGGGGGAGGAUAUGGGGAAUAUGUCCGAAGCCGACAGUUUCAUCAGCACCGUUGAUGUGGAUGCGAUGAACGGUGCGGAUGCGGAGAUGCUGGUGCUGGGAGUUGCGGGGCGUCCGGGGAGUGCGGGCGGGGGAUUCGCUAGCAGCAGCGGCUGGAGCAGGGGGAAGGGGGGAGGCGGGGGAGGGGGAAUGGGGAUGCUCCGGCGCAGUGGGAGCGGAAACCUGUUUGUGCGCCCGUCUGCUGUGGCUGAAGGCUCAGAUGAGUUUGAUGACGCGGAUGAGGAGGAAGAGGAGGAUUACGAGGCCGCAGCAGCAGUGGCAGCAGGAGGGACUGAUGGGGCGCUUUUCGGGCUUGGCAGUGGCAGCAGCAGCGCUGGUUCGGACUCUGGGCCGUUUUCAGAUGAUUUCAUGCUCAUGUCCGGUGUCUCCUCCUCUCCUUCCCCUGAUUACCUUACUGGUGGGGGAGGAGCAGCAGCAGCUGCAGCAGGAGGGGCAGGAGGGGUGUCUGCUUUUGACCGCUCCCGUUCCCUUAACCAGGUGCCUUAUAACGGGGGCGCGAAUCUGGAAGCGGAAAUGCUGGGCGUGGUGGCAGGCGCAGGCGCGGGGGGAGACUCAUCUACCCGCGAUUUCCUCGGGGAAGAUGCUCUCCGCGGUCCUGUGGACGAAUCUGGACCGUCGAACCACGAGGAUCUGAUGGCGUGGGAGGCGUCGCUGGGAGAGGCGAUGCUGGUGGGAGGAGGGGCGGAUGGUUCUUCCUCCUCUUCCUCUUCUCUGUAUGGGGAUGAUAUGGAGCUGAGCCUUGCUGCUGAGAGGGCGGCAGGAGAAGCAGCAGGAAGGGGCGUGGGGAGGAAAGUGGGCGCAGCAGGGGUGGGAGCAAGAGGAGUGGGAGGGGCGGGGAGAGGGCGGGGAGUGGUGGGGAGCGGUGUGGCGGGGCGAGCUGGGAUUGGCGCGCGUGGGCGGAGUUUGUCGUCGUCUUCUGCUGUUGGUGUGGGUGCGGGACGUGGCCGGGGCCGGGCUGCGAAUCCGCAGGACCGGGUUCUGAUGGAGAUGGAGAGGAAGCAGCAGGAGGCUGCUCGCCGCAGGGAGGAGGAGAAGAAGCGGCAGCAGGAGGCGAGGCAGCAGCACCUCAAGCGGGGGGCGACAGGCCUCGUCCGCUCCACCUCCACCUCUGGCAUCGAGAGGCGCCGCACCACCACUGCCACUACUGGCGUUACUGGUACUGCUGGUAACCGCACCGCUAUUACCUCGGGUGCGAGAGGUACCCUGGGGUCCCUUGCUGGUAGCAGGUCCCUCUCCCAGCAUACUGCUUCCUCUGCCAUGAGACUCGCUGCUGCUGGGGCUACAGCUGGUGGUGCUGCUGCUGGUGGGUCGUCUGUUUCUGGUGCUGCACGGGCAGCUGGGCGGGUCGCUGCACGGCCCUCGAGCCCUGACCUGUGCCGGGCCGGGCAGCGGAAAGUUUUGUCCAGCCCGGGAUCGGGACCGCGGAGUGUGACUGGUGGGGCGAAUGGGCGCAGCCGUGACAUUGUGAAUGCUGUUCCCUCCGCUGCUGUUGCUGCUGCUGCUGCUGGUGCUGCGAGUGGAAAGGAGGGCAAGGCAGAGACGAACCAAGCAGCAGGUGAAACGCCCACAGGACAGGCUGACCAGCAGCAGCAGCAGCAGCAGCAGCAACAGCAGCAGCAACAGGCUGUUGUGGCGGCAGCAGAGAGCAGUGACGUGAUGCUUGAGCCAGAGGCUGCUGAUGGUUACAACCCCAGUGCUGCUCCAGGCAGUGAGCAGCAGCAGGGGCAAGAGAAGGAGAGGGAGAAGCCAGGAAAGGAGAACAAGGGGAAGGAGGCCAGUGCAUCAUCAGCAGCACCACUCACAAUCGCAGCAGGGGGGGGAGUGAAUGUUGGGGGGGCAGCGGUGUACCACCACCCUCCUGGCAUGCCACAUCACUCCCCGUACGGGUCCCUCCCAGAGGCAGGUGGGGUGGCACCUGGGCGACGGGGGAGCAUGGAGGGCCAGGAGAAGCUGGGGAUGCUGAAUAACGGCGUCCAUAUGAGCAAUGCUUAUGGGUAUACUGCACAUACUGCACCCCAUCAGAGUCACGCUCCUGCGCCUAUGCUUGUUCAUGGUGGUCCUGGCGCGGCAAGCCCUGCAGCUUUGGGGUUUGGCGAGGGGCUUAGAGAGGCGAGGCUGAAGCAGGAGCGGGAGUAUUUGGAUAUGUUGAGGGAGAGGGAGGCUGCGUGGGUUGGAUCGGAGCAAGAUGGGGAGAAGAAGAAAUCGUCUGGCUUGAGGAAGUUGUUUGGUGGCUUUGGAAAGUAG